AUGGCCUGCCCCAUCACCAUCUCCAAGUUCGUCGGCACGGUCUCGCUCGGCUUGCUGACGGGCCUAUCAUACUCCACUGCCACCAUCACCAUCCCCUCCCUCCAGCUCCUACCGACCUCUUCCACUGCCUCCCGCUGCCUCAAUGAAGUGAAGCGCCUCAACCGCAAGCAUGCGCUGCGACUCUCCAGUCUUGCCAAUACCUGCCUUCUAUUCGCCUCCUAUGGUCUGGACCUCUGGUUCAACCGUCAUAUGGGCCUGAAGAACUGGUUCUCCAGCGUCAUCUACGAUACCACCUGCGUCUCUUUGUGCAAGACGUCCUCAGCCAAGAAGGAUGAAGAUCUCGUGGUUGUCGAGGCCGAGGAUGAUGUAAAUGGCGAGAGCGUCCGGCGCGAGAUGGACAAGGAACGUCGGCUACAACGGGCGAGGGCCUGGUUGGCGGGAGUUGCUUUGUCGGUGGGAGUCGUCGGUCUGUGGGGAGAUAAGAAGUAA